CUAACAAUCUCAUUUUCCUCAUAUUACCCAUCCAUUAUUCUCAAAAGUCAGUGAUUGUAUCCUUCAACAACCAUGGACCCCAAAAAACGCCACAUCCUCCUCAUCGGCUGCUACAUCUCCCUCUCCGGGCUCCUCUACGGCCUCGACACCGGCUCCAUCGGGCCCAUCACCUCCAUGGCCCAAUUCACCACCUCCAUCGGGCCCCUGACGCCCUUGCACCAGGGCCUCUACGUCUCCAGCUUCCUGCUCUCCGCCGCCCUCUCCUCCCUCGCCUCGGGCCACGUCGCCGACAAAAUCUCCCGCAAGUACGGCAUCCUCACGGGCGCCUUCCUGACGCUCGCUGGCACUGUCGCCAGCGCCGCGUCGCCGAACCUCGCGGCGCUGGUCUGCGCGCGCCUGCUCACGGGCGUCGGCGCGGGGCAGGCCAUCUCCGUCACGACGGUGUACCUGGUCGAGAUCGCGCGGGCUGAGGUGCGCGGGACCCUCGCGUGCCUCAUCCAGUCGUACAUCGUGUCGGGCGUCGCGCUCGGGUACUUCAUCGCGUACGGGACGCGCGGGCUCGCGGGCAGCCUGGCGUGGCGCGCGCCGUUUGUCGUCCAGGCGGUCGUCGCGGCGUGCUUGUGCGCGGGGGCGGGGUUCAUGCCGUUCUCGCCGCGGUGGUUGGUAAGGUCGGGGCGGGCGGAGGAGGCGAAGCGCGUGUUGAUGCGGUUGCGGGAGCCGCUGGAGGCGGAGCAGGAGUUGUUGGAGAUACGGCAGGCGGUUGAGGCGGAGAGGAUGCGGCCGGAUGCCGGGUGGGGGGAGAUGUUUGGGAGGAGGUAUGUGGGGAGGACGGCGUUGGGGUGUUUUUUGAUGGCGUUUCAGCAGUUGAUGGGGAUCGAUGCGAUUCUCUACUAUGCGCCGAUUGUGUUCCAGCAAGCUGGUUUUACGGCUGAGCGAGCGUCGUUCCUGGCGUCGGGCGUGUCGGGGAUUAUAAUGGUCCUCUGCACCGUUCCUGCGCAGAUAUGGGUCGACAAGUGGAGCCGAAAGAAGACGCUGGGGUUUGGAGGGCUAGCCUGUGCUACUUGCUUCAUCGUGAUCGGGUCUCUGUACGCCAAAUACGGCAGCGUGGAAGACGGAGGCGUGGUGCUGAGUUCGAAGUCAGCGCAGUGGACCGUCAUUGUUCUGAUCUACGUCUUUUCGGCCAACUUCUCCUGGUCGUGGGCUGUUGUUGGCAAGAUCUAUACCUGCGAAAUCAUCCCCACCCGCCUGCGAGCAAAGGUCUGUGCCGUCGAACAGUUGACGAACUGGCUGGUGAACUUCAUCAUUGCGCUUACUGCGCCGCUCUUCCUGAGGUCGUCGCCGAGCGGGCCGUACUUUCUCUUCGGGUUCUCGACGCUGCUGGCUGCCACUGUGUGCUUCUUCAUGCCCGAGACGGCGGGGAAGUCGCUGGAGCAGAUUGAGGGGCUGUUUGAGAAGAAUCAGAGCUUCCGUCCCUCGGUCGAGGUUGAGGCUGGAAACCCUCCGCAGAUGAGUGCCGUGGACGAUGUAAUCCUGUCGAGUAUUGUUCCAAAGGGAGAAAUAGCUGUGUGAAAAUAGUCUAGCAGAUAGGCAUCCACGGUAGAUGAAAGAAUCGUGAAGCAUAAUCGGUAAGCUGGGGGCGUGAGGUUCUCAAGCGGUAUUGAGUGACAUCACUUCGUCGCGUGUCAGCUAUAUCAAAAGCUAUUUUGGCGUAGACCGCACUCUUUCCAAGCAC